AUUAAUGCUAUAGAAACAGAAAGUAGACACUUUACUUGAAUGUAAACUGGUUAAAAAAAAAUGUGAUUUUGUGUUGUUUAAGUGGGCUAAAAUAUAUUUUUGCACAAAAAGAAAUAGUUCAUGUUUACUUUUCAUUUUGUUCUAGUUUAGGAGGCAACAUUUCUUUACUGAUGUUUGACUUAAUUCUGCAUGUGGCCAUCAAUCCCAUCUGAUAAAUAUGGUAAUGACAACAUAUCUUAGGUCAGCUGUGAUAUCUUUGCAGAAGUGCUGCCUCUUGGUCCUCAUUUAAGACCAAAAAACACUGUUGUGCAAUUUCUGAUUUCUAUUUUUUUAUUUUUUUUAAGUGGACGCUUUGCAUUUAAUUGUCGUUUAUUAUUGUAUUUCCUUUCACAAUUGUAUGAGCAUGCUGUUAUAGGAAAAUAAUCCAUAAUGGGAUGAUAAAAUACAAACUAGCAGGAACCAGAUUAUUUUCCUCUAACAACAUGUCCUGAAGUGCAUUAUUGCUCUUGUACCACAGAAAUUUGCCAGCAAUAACAAUUUUUAAUGCAUUAGCUGUAUAAUUGGCUGCAUGUGGCGUGUCUUGUGUCACGCCUUGGUGGCUGUCAGGCUAAGUUGUACCUUCAUUCCUGUUCAUCGUAUCAAUGGCAAUUAUUUAUAGUUUAACCUAACUGGUGUUGUCUAUACCUCAUGCAGCUAUGAUGAGUGGCAUGUAUGUGACUGGAAACUUUUUGGACUGAGAGCAAGUUUGACUGCAUGUUUGCACCGCUGCUCUGCACUUUGAAUUACUCUUACGUCACUCUUGUGUCAAGCCUGCUGCAGUAAAUCACUCCCAUGUGUCCAAUUCUAUAGACAUGUUAUAGAAUAGUUCAAAGAUUAUACCUUGACAUUUCAGGUCGUUCUAUUUUGUAAGAAACGUUAGUGGAAUGUAUGAACAUUUGGUCUGUACACACGGCUGUAGUAUGCUGUUCCAACAGCAUUCCUUUGACUCUGACAGAUGCCUAAAACAUCCUGAGCAGUCAGGGGAGUCUGACAGGUAUGUUCAGAGGUAUUCUCGCUUCUGCUGCUAUUUUCUGCUUCUAAGUCAGAAAGUCAGUAGUCUCAGCGCAACGUGUCCAAGUGAUAUGGGAGACGUCUCUGUAUGAGGGCAAACAUUUCUGUAGGUUGUGCCCUGAAACAUCUAAGACAGCAUGACGUGGACUAGUGGUCUGGCUUCAGCCUGGGCCUUCUUGACUGGACGAGGAAAUGGAGACAGCAAAGUGAGGACGCUAGUAUCCAACCUGCUUUACGAGGACCAGAAAGCAAAAGAUCAUCCCAACAGGAACUAUGCAGGAAAUGGUGUCAAGACCACAAAAUACAGCAUCUGGACCUUCAUCCCUAUGAACCUGCUGGAACAAUUCCACCGGGUUGCCAAUGUUUAUUUCUUGGGCUUGGCGGUGCUAAACUUUAUCCCAGUGGUGAACGCUUUCCAGCCACAAGUGGCCAUCAUUCCCAUUUGUGUCAUUCUGGCUUUGACUGCCAUAAAGGAUGCUUGGGAGGAUUUCAGACGCUACCAGAGUGAUCGUCAGCUAAACAGCAUGCCCUGCCUCAUCUAUUGCAGGAGCCAGCGGAGCUUUGUUGAGAAAAGAUGGAAGGAUGUACGGGUGGGGGAUUUUGUCCAAGUGCUCUCCAAUGAGAUCAUCCCAGCAGACAUCUUGCUCCUGCACACGUCCAACCCUAAUGGAGUGUGUUACAUGGAAACGGCCAAUCUGGAUGGUGAGACCAAUCUGAAGCAGAAGAAAGUGGUGGCUGGUUUCUCCAGACUGACUACUCCGUUUGAACCACUAAACUUCAAGAGUACUGUGGUUUGCGAGAAGCCCAACAACAACCUGAACAAUUUCAAUGGCUUUCUAGAAAAAGACAAGAAGAAGACAGGUUUUGACAAUGAGAGCUUAUUACUACGUGGAUGCACAGUCAGAAAUACAGCUCAUGCCUCAGGGAUAGUGGUGUAUGCAGGCCAUGAGACCAAGUCCAUGCUAAACAACGACAGGCCAAGGUACAAACGUAGCAAGCUGGAGAGAAAGAUGAACAAAGACGUGUUCCUCUGCAUGCUUCUGCUCUUCUGCAUGUGUCUGAUAGGAGCCACGGGUCAUGUCUAUUGGUUGGAGACUUUCCCGAGUAUCCCAAUCUAUUUUAUCCCAGAAAGUGAUGGGAGUUUUAUCUCUCCAUUGCGGGCAGGGAUCUAUGUGUUCUUUACCAUGAUUAUCCUACUGCAGGUGAUGAUUCCAAUUUCACUCUACCUGUCCAUCGAGCUGGUGAAGAUUGGCCAGGUCUUCUUCAUCACUCAAGACUUGGACAUGUAUGAUGAAGAGAAGGAUUCUCGGGUCCAGUGUCGUGCUCUUAAUAUCACAGAGGACCUGGGGCAGACCCAAUAUGUCUUCUCAGACAAGACAGGGACUCUGACUGAGAACAAAAUGGUGUUCCGCCGCUGCACUAUAAUGGGAACUGAAUUCCCUCAUGAGGAUAAUGCAACCCGAUUGGCCAUUCUGGCAGGGGAGACAGAUCAAGAUGAGGAGGUUAUUUACCAACAGAACAGACAGCUUUCUGUAUUUUCUCUGGAGGAGCUCCAGGAAGGCCCAGCAGGAGGCAGACAACAUUUUUACAACACUUUUGCCAGGAGCAGAUUUCACAGGCCAAGGGUCAUAGCAGGAACCCCUGGAAUCCUCGCUUUCAGCAGCCCACUGGAAACUGAGGUGCUUCCAGACCAGACACUGCUCCAGCUAGUAGAAGACGCUGAGUGUGGGAGGAAAAAUGCACACUACCUGGAGUUCUUCUUGGCUUUAGCCAUCUGCAACACUGUAGUGGUUUCAACAAAAGCAGCCCAGAGACAAAGGGCUAAAGCACGACGUAGCUCUUCUUACUCCAAGAGUUCACGCGAGUGUAUGGAGGGCCUGUUGAGUCGAGUAGCAUCCCUUGGGAAACUGUUCAAACGCAAGAGAAGCACGGUCUCUGAGCCUUUUCAGAUGGAGCCCAUGGAUUUUCCAGUCCUUGAUAUCCCGAGAUUUUAUGGUUCUACGGAGCCUGCCUGGACAGGGAGAAAUCUCUCUGUGAUAGAGGAUGUUUACUAUGAGGCCCAGAGUCCUGACGAAGCAGCUCUGGUGCAUGCAGCCAAGGCUUACGGCGUCACCUUAAAGGAACGGACACCUGAUAAUGUAACUGUCCAGCUGCCUCAAGGCACGCUGCUGAAGUUUGACGUGCUGGAUAUUUUGGCUUUUGACUCAACCCGGAGGAGGAUGUCCAUAAUAGUGCGUCAUCCUGAAACCAAUGAGAUUGUAAUGUAUACUAAGGGUGCAGACUCUGGCAUCAUGGGGCGACUGCAGAAUUCAUUCGAAGACAAAUCACACCUGAAAAGUGAGAGUAGAAAUAUUGCAUGUAAGACUCAGAAGGACCUUGACACGUAUGCCUGUGAUGGUUUACGGACCUUGUGCAUCACUAGAAAGGUUGUAAGUGAAGAGGCCUAUAGGAACUGGUUAGUUAUGAGACAAGAAGCCAUGUCAGCCAUAGAGAAGAAAGAAGAGCUACUCAUGGACUCUGCAGCAUACAUAGAAAACAACCUCACACUGCUGGGGGCCACUGGAAUUGAGGACCGCCUGCAAGAAAAUGUUCCAGAAACCAUCCAGGCCUUGAGGGAGGCAGGAAUCCAAGUAUGGGUGCUGACCGGGGACAAACUUGAGACAGCUGUCAACAUUGCGUACUCCUGCAAGCUACUGGACCAUAAUGACCUGGUGUUCACUUUUAAAAUGACGAACAAGGACGUCUGUAGGAGCAUGCUGAAUGGAACUCUGAGUGAGAUGCCGCGGUAUCAGGGUGAGAUGCCCAGAAUUGGGUUGGUGAUUGAUGGUCAAACCCUGGGCAUGCUCCUGGAUAACGAUCUGCAGGCUCAGUUCUUGCAGUUAUGCCAGCACAGCCACUCUGUACUGUGCUGCAGAGCCACGCCGCUGCAGAAGGGCAAAGUCGUCACACUGCUGCGUGACAGUCUCAAGGUCAUGACUCUUGCUAUAGGUGAUGGUGCCAAUGACGUAAACAUGAUUCAAGCAGCAGAUGUCGGAGUGGGAAUAUCAGGCCAGGAAGGCAUGCAGGCUGUCAUGGCCAGUGACUUUGCAAUAUCUCGCUUCAAACACCUGAAGAAGCUUCUUCUGGUUCACGGUCACUCCUGUUACACACGGCUGGCAAACAUGAUCAUCUAUUUCUUCUACAAGAAUGUGGCUUACGUCAACCUCCUGUUCUGGUACCAGUUCUUCUGUGGUUUCUCUGGCACGGCCAUGAUUGACUACUGGUUCAUGAUUUUCUUCAACCUCUUGUUCACAUCCACUCCACCCAUCAUGUUUGGCAUCAUGGACAGGGAGGUUUCUGCUCACAUGCUCCUACACCUGCCUGAACUCUAUAAAAGGGGUCAACAUGCUGGGGGAUACUGUCGUAAAACCUUUUGGAUUGCUAUUCUAGAUGCCUUUUAUCAGAGCCUUGUUUGCUUCUUUGUCCCAUACUGGACAUACAAAGACUCUGAUGUUGGCAUCUUCUCUUUGGGAACCCCCAUGAACACUGUGUCUUUGUUCACCAUCCUCCUUCAUCUGGCAAUUGAGAUCAAGAGCUGGACAGUGGUGCAUUGGGUGAUCAUGGUGGGCAGCGUCUUGAUGUUCUUCAUCGUGACUCUGGCUUUCAGCGCCCUCUGCAUCAGCUGCAACCCCCCCUCAGACCCAUACUGGAUCAUGCAGCAGCAAAUGAAAGACCCUGUUUUCUACCUGGUCUGCAUUUUAACCACAGUUGUAGCACUGCUGCCAAGGUUCACACUGCAUGCCCUGAGGGGAACACUAGUGCCCUGUGACCACCUCAAGGCAAGGCAGAUAGACCAGCUGCCUCCAGACCACCGGGACAUGUGGCUCAGAGAGUGGAGGAGCCUCAAAGACUUGUGUAGCUCCUACCCUAGCCUGUCUUCCUCCACACGUAAACGCUCCACCGCAGCUGCAGUCCACAAUGCAGCUUAAUGUUUCAGCACUUUCAGCAAUUAUAUAACGUACAGGAGAAUGAGAAGCGUAUUUCCUCACUGCAGUCUGUAGAGCGAUGACGGAUUCGAUCCACUACAUACUGGAGGUUGUAAUCCUAUCCCUAACCUUAACCCUAGAUGAAUUACUGAGCGACAUACUGUCUCUGCCGCCGUUCUGGAAACCAACCAUGGUGCAUGCAUGUUACAACAUCCAGAACAUAGUGGAUCUAAUAUAGUAUGUCAUAACACUACAGGCUGCAGUGAGAACCUCUUGAAUUGGAGCACAUGAACUGGCUUUUUUAUUUUCCUGAGACAGAACAUUGGAUGAUAAUUUUACACUUUGGCAAGCUUGAACUUUUGCCCAAGUGUGCAAGGGCAACUUUUCAAAAACAAAAGUGAAGAACUCAUGUUUAUGCAAAAAUACUUUAAUGCAGUGUUAACAACAUUGUGAGUUGUUCUCAGUCAAGGGAAUAACCCGAAAAGCUAGGAGCUAUGCUUGUUUAGUUUCUGAAUAUGCUUCCUCCAGCCUCUUCUCCACUAACAACCCUCAUGGAAUAAAUGUGGAAUCUGACUCCAAGCACACCUCUGAGGUUCUUUCAAGCUCUGGGAGAAAUUCAGACUAUUAUGCUGCACAUUCCAUGUUGGCCGAUCAAUGCACCACCCAUAGUUUCUCAGCAAACACUUCAAGAUGAGCCGCCUUUCUGGACUUGGUCAUUUGAAGUGGCCUUGACUUCCCUGUGAGAAACCUACUUUCACUGUGAGAAACCUCAUUUGUAUUCAGAGGCGCUUCGAGCUGCUCAUGAAAUAAUUGAGGAUUGCAGAUGUUACAUAAUAUCUUGGUAUUUUCAGUUCAUGAAUCCGUGUUGACAGCAAGCUGGGCUUGAUGGUGAGAGACAGAAACACAAGUACUGCACCACAAUUUAGAAGCAUCUCUGACUUUUGUUAUAUUACUUGAUAUUAAUUGUUUACAAUUAUAUAUGACUAGAUUUUGUGUGCGUGUGUGUGUGUGUGUGUGUGUGUGUGUGUGUAUGUGUGUGUGUGUGUGUAUGUGUGUGUGCAGGAAUACAUAUACCACUUAAUUGUAUCUCUGACCUGUCUCUGACGUUUUGUCUUCAAGGAGAUCCCACACAAAUGGCCGCAUACUGAGAUAAAGCUGAGCAAAUCUCAGUCUUCUCUUCCACCUCUUGCUUAAGUGCCCUCUGUAGCUGAAGCUUGCAACAAAAUGGGUCUAGGAGUGAUUCGAUUUGGAGAGCUCGUUGCAUUUUUAUGUAAUGAUGACAGAGCCUGAAUGUGUGGACCAUUUUUGCCAUCUUGUGUUGGAUUGUUGUACUGCAAACCGUAUAUAUGUACUGUAUAUAUUAGAGAGACAGGAGGAAGAGAACAAGAUGGAUGUUGUUUCAUUGUCAGUGGUACAGCUUUGCAUUAAUAUCUCACAAUGUUUGUUAACUUUGAUCAGUCCAUCAGACCAGUAACAUCAAUAAACAUGCUUAUUCUCAUUCUUGUACA